AUGAAAAACUUAAAUUUCAUAAUUUUCAUAAGUUGUAUUUUGUUUUCAACUAUAAAAGCCAAUAUUAAAGGAAGUUAUAUUGGUUGUGCUUAUAAUAACUAAAAUUGUUCUAAAUGUGGUUCAACUUCUGACAUUUAGUAACUGUUUACCUAUCUAUAAGGAGCCUGUUAUGUUACUGAUUGUUCAAAUAUUGGAAAUGCCAAGAAUGGUUGGAUUUGCUAAUCUUGUUAUAAUGGCGAUUAAUAAGUUACAGCGGGUGAAUAUUUUGAUGGUACAAACUGUGUUAAUAAUUGCCCUUAAAAUUAAUAUGCAAGUUUUCUUACAAGUUAUUAAUGUCAAGUAGCAAACCCAGGUUAGGGAGUUACAUGCAAUCAAGGUUCUCAAUAAUGCGAUGGAUGUGGAAAAGAUGGAGAUUACACAAAUUAAUUUAAUUAUGAUCAAGGAGAUAAUGUUUGUUACAUUAUGGAUUGCUCUUCUAACGCAUCUACAUUUUUAAAUGGUUAUGUUUGUAACUCCUGUAGUACUGCUUCUGGAAGUGGAAAUAUUCCUAAAGGUAAAUUUUAUGAUCAUAAAACUUGCACAGAUUCUUGUCCUGCAGGUUAUAAAGCAGAUUAAUCUACUGGAUUUGUUUGUUUAGCCCCACCUAAUCCAGGUACUUAAGUUUAAUGCUCUUAAGAUUCAUAAACUUGUAGUGGAUGUGGAAAUAAUCCCGAUACUCAAAACUUGUUUAAUUAUGUAUCUUAGUAAAACUGCUCUGUUAUUGAUUGCCAUUACUAUGCAACUACAUCUCUAAAUGGUUGGAUCUGUAAAUCUUGUGCCCUUGCCACUGGAAGUGAUAAUAUCCCAUAAGGUGAAUUCUAUGACCCAAAUGCUAAUACUUGCGUUAAAAGUUGCCCAAUUGGAACAUCAGCAAGUGCUAAUACUAAUUACAUUUGCAAACCACUUCCAGUAGCGGUUCCCUGCUCUAAUGAUUCUUCAACGUGUAAAGGAUGUGGAAGCGAUGCUACUGCAUAAGGUUAAUUCAAUUUUGUGAGCGGAAAUAAUUGUAUUGUUAAUGAUUGCACUUAGGUCGCUGUGUUUAAUGGUUGGGUCUGUAAUUCUUGUAACCCAUUAUUUAUCAAUACACCCAUGUAAGGAAAAUAUUAUAAUGGUUAAGCCUGUGUAGAAAAUUGCCCUCCUGGUUAAUCAGCAAGUGCUGCUACUGGUUAUACUUGUUAAGUAAUGAAUCCAGGGGUGCCGGUAGCAUGUUCAAAAGAUACAUAGACCUGUGGAGGAUGUGGAUCAACAAACGAUAUUUAAAACUUAUUCAGUAAAUCUAAAGGUAAUUCAUGUUAAGUUAAUGAUUGCUCUUCCAACAUAAUUGGUUCUAAUUUGAAUGGUUGGAUUUGUAAUUCUUGUUAAAAUGCUUCUGGUAGUGGUAAUAUUGCUGCAGGUUAAUAUUUUGAUGGUAAAACUUGUGUAAAAAAUUGCCCAUCAGGAUAACAAGCUUCUGCUGCUACUGGAUUUGUUUGCUAAUACCCUCCAAGUCCUGGAACUACUGUAGCCUGCUCUACUGAUUCUUCAACUUGUGGAGGAUGUGGAGCGACUAAUGCGUUAUAAAACUUAUUUACUCAUGGAAAAGGAAACCUAUGUUCUGUCACUGAUUGUAACUUGUCUGUAGUUGGAUCUAAUCUUAAUGGUUGGGUUUGUAAUUCUUGUUAAAAUGCAUCUGGAGGAGCUAAUAUUGCUGCUGGUUAAUAUUUUGAUGGUAAAACUUGUGUAAAAAAUUGCCCAUCAGGAUAACAAGCUUCUGCAGAUACUGGAUUUGUUUGCUAAUACCCUCCUAGUCCUGGAGCUACUGUAGCCUGUUCUACUGAUUCUUCAACUUGUGGAGGAUGUGGAGCAACUAAUACAAUAUAAAACUUAUUUACUCAUGGAAAAGGAAACCUAUGUUCUGUAACAGAUUGUAACUUAUCUGUGGUAGGAUCUAAUCUUAAUGGUUGGGUUUGUAACUCUUGUAGUUCAGCUUCUGGUAGUAAUAAUAUUCCUGUAGGCUAAUAUUACGAUGGAAAAACAUGCGUAGCUAAUUGUUCUAGUGGCCAAACAGCAACUGCAGAUACUGGAUAUGUGUGUAAAACACUAUCUAAUCCUUCUUCAGGAAAUAAUAACUAAUCUACUACAUCCAAUUCAAGUCUAAUAAAUUUCAUUUUAGGCUUUGCUGCUAUUCUAAAUUUAUUAUUCUGA